AGCCGCUGCAGCCCCCAAGUUCCAGCCUGCUACUCGUGAUGGAGAAGCCAGCGGCCUUUCGCUUGCUACCCAUUCUGGUGUGUUCUGCUGUCGUGUUGCAUGUCCCAUGGGAGAGUGAGAAGAGGCUGAACUUCAUUGCCGUUGGGCAGCCUGUGCGGGACAUACGACCGACAAGGAUGGUCCAACCGACCUCGGCGUCCCCGCGCGGCCGCGCGCCUGGACUUGCCCACGGCUUUGCCGUGCCCAUGGCUUUGGCGGGCGCGGCUGCUGCGUUUGCCGCACGGAGCCAAAGAGCCAGAGCACAGGGGAGGACGGCAUGUGCCAGCGGGGGUGAUGUCGGAGUCGUGUUGUUGUCAGCGGGUGUGGGCAAAAGAAUGGGUGCCAGCAUUCCCAAGCAGUACAUCAAGCUCAUGGGCUUGGAAAUCGCGCUUCACUCCUUCGACACCUUCCUGGACAGCAGUGCGGCAGAGAUUGUGGUCGUAUGUGCCGAUGAGUGGCAAUAUGUUUUCAAGGACCACUUGGCAAAACGCUCGGCAGACUGUGAGGUCAAAUUCACGAACGGUGGCAAUGAGCGCCAAGACUCUGUGCGAAACGGUUUAGCGGAGCUCACAACCCCCAUUGCGGCGAUUCAUGAUGCAGCCCGACCAUUGCUCACAAAGGAAGAGUUUGAGAAGGUCGUCGAGGAUGCCCGGGAGCAUGAUGCUGCCUUGUUGGCCGUCCGAACCAAGGCGACCAUCAAGCAAGCCACGGGCCCCAAAGACUCCUUUGUUGCCGCGACGCCCAAGCGGAAGCUCUUGUGGGAGGCGCACACGCCGCAGGUCAUCCGUGCGGACUUGCUGCGCAAAGGCUUCGAACAUGCGGAGAAGGAGGGGCUGGAAGUCACCGACGACGUGUCGCUGGUGGAGCUGCUGGGUGAGAAGGUGAAGCUGACGGAGGGUGAGUACACGAAUAUCAAGGUCACCACUCCUGAGGACAUCGCCGUGGCCGAAACCAUUCUGAAGCAGCGCGGCUUUGUGGCACCUUCUGACUAGUGACUAGACAGUCCGGUGAUGACUCCUUAUGGAUACAUUUUAAUAUUCGCAUCAGCCGCCUGCCAGCCAGGCGUUUAAGGCGUUUCUCCUGGAUCCGCCAAGGUGCGUCCAAAAUCGCCCAACCGCAUUGAAGCAUGUAGG